GGAGUCCUGCACCACAACGAGGAGCUGCCCCAGGACGUGCUGGACUUCCUGAAGGUGCGGCGCUGCCCGCAGGACCCCAGGGCCAGCAGCACCUCCAGUGCCAGCCGCCUGCCCUCCCAGCGCCCCGUCGUUGGCUUCUGCAUCGACCCCUACGCACGGCCACUGGGCACCGAUCUGCUCCCCAACACCAUCCUCAGUGGGGUGCUGCAGGGCCUCUACCUCCCCCAGAGCUGCACCGCCUGCCCAGCAGCACCCCGAGCCCCCAGCCUGUCCAGCUCCUGA